AUGUCUAGUACGGUCACGCGACCGCUGAAAUGGUUCUACCAUGAAUUCGGCAUCGACUCGCUGCAGGCAACCGGGCGAAAUGCCUACCUCAUCAUCCUGGCUCGGACAUUUCGAAUGUUUGCGUACGGGACGAAUUCAUUAAUCCUAGCCAUCUUCUUCUCCUCGUUAAAAUACUCGGACCACCAAAUCGGCAUCUUCAUGACCCUGACACUGUUGGGCGAUGUCUUUCUCGGGACGUUCCUGACACUGAUCGCCGACCGGGUGGGCCGACGAAAAAUGCUGAUGGCGGGCUCGGUGCUCAUGGUCCUCAGCGGGAUCGUGUUCGCCAUCUUUGAAAACUUCUGGAUCUUGCUGAUGGCUGCCAUCCUGGGCGUGAUCAGCGUCACUGGGGGCGAUUUCGGUCCCUUUCGGAGUAUCGAGGAAUCAAUGCUGUCACAGUUGACGACCCCGUCGACCAGGGCUGAUACGUUAGCUUGGUACGUGACGACCUCGACGCUGGGGUCCAGCGCCGGGAGCGAGGCAUCAGGACGCAUCAUCCACUACCUGAAGGAUGGACGAGGGUGGACGGAAGUGGAGACGUAUCACGCGCUGUUUUGGGUGUACACGGUGAUGGGCGUCGUGAAUGCACUGCUGGUCCUACCACUGACGAGCGCGUGUGAACUGGGCGCCGAUAAAGGUUCGAGCAACGAGGCAUACAGCCAGGUGCCCCAGGACGAAGAUGUGCAGGAGAUGAGCGAGCGACGGAGUCCACCUCGAGACAACAGUCGAACCACCGGGUCCGCAUCACCAACAACAGCAGCAACAGCGACGUUCGAACCACCAUUACUCGAAGCACUACCACACCAACCACCAACCCUCGCAGGCCGCAUCAAACACUGGCUCACCAAGAAUUUCACGCAGAUCUCCUCGACAACGCGCAGCAUCAUGUACAAGCUGUGGUUCCUCCUGGUGAUCGACUCGCUCGCGGACGGAAUGGUCCCCUACAGCCUGACGAACUACUACAUGGACACGAAGUUCCACCCAGCGAAGUCCACGCUUGGCGACAUCACGUCUGUCAGUUACUUCCUGGGGGCGAUCGGGGCGGCGUUCGCGGGGCCGCUGGCGCGCAAGAUCGGGCUCAUCAACACCAUGGUCUUCACGCACGUGCCGUCGUCCGCCGCCGUGCUGUUCUUCCCGCUCCCACCCUCCCUGUGGCUCACGGCGGGACUGCUGCUCGUGCGCACCGGCCUCAAUAACAUGGACCAGGCGCCGCGCUCGGCGUUCAUCGCCGCCGUCGUCAAGCCCGAGGAGCGCACUGCCGUCAUGGGCAUCACCAGUAUGGUGCGCACGCUGGCCGCGAUGAUGGGCCCGUCCGUCACGGGCCUGUUGGCAUCAAACCAAAAGUUCUGGAUCGCGUUCGUUGUCGCGGGCGUGUGCCGUCUGCUCUAUGAUUUUGGCUUAUAUGCCAUGUUUGUGAAUAUGAAAUUGCAUCAGCAUGAGGGUGGGGAUGCCGGGGAGGGGAAAUAUGGCGUGUCCUCCCUGCCAAACGGUCAUCGAAGGCGUGACUUUGAUGAAGAGGUGGAGUUGGAGAUGGGCAGUCUUGCAGGUUCCUCGUCGAGGUCGUCUUCUUCCUCAGACGGUGCGUAUGGCGAGAUAGCGACAUCCAAGUCCAAGUCGGGAUUGAAUGCGAACCACUCGCAGAUUGGCAGUGACAACGGCGGGCUCCAGAUACCAUCUGUGGCACAGGGAACACAUCCAGAACGAGUCCGUAGUAGGAGUCCGCAUCGAUCGACGGCUCUUAUGGAUUAA